AUGGUCAUGAUGAUAUUCGUCAAGAACUCGGCGCCCGUUCUCAAGACCGUCGGCCAGCAGGCCCGCGGCAUGGCCACGGAGAAGCAGAUUCUGCAGCGUAUUACGGCCACGUCCAACAUCGCCAAGAUCACCAAGUCGAUGAAGAUGGUGUCGGCCGCCAAGAUGCGUGGCGCUGAGAACCGCAUGAACGCCGGCCGCCCCUUCACCGCGUGGCUGGACAAUGUUAAGGGCGCUCACGACCGUACCGUCGAGACGGACGGUGUGGCCCCGGUCGAGGAGCUUGAGGGUGACAACGUCUUGAUUGUCGUCUCGUCGGACCGUGGUCUGUGUGGCGGUAUCAACUCGGGUAUUGCUAAGACCACCCGCAGACAGAUCGCUGGCGUCGAGGACCACUCGCAGGUCUUUGUGAUCGGCGACAAGGCUCGCGCUCAACUGCGUCGCGACCUCGGCGACAACAUCCGUGGCAACGUCACGGAGACGUACCAGUCGCCCCCGAACUUCACUGUGGCCAGCGCUAUCGCUGAGGCCGUGGUGGCCUCGUCUCCGUCCGAGUCGGAGAAGGUGCACGUGUUGUACAACAAGUUCAAGUCGGCUAUCUCGUACAUGCCGUCCGUGCGCUCGCUGGCCGUGCAGCCGGACUCGGACGCUUUCGACCUGUACGAGCUCGAGCCUGACAACAAGGACGAGCUGCUUGCUGACCUCAAGGAGUUUGAGAUCGCCACCGCCAUCUUCCAGGGCAUGAUCGAGAACUCGACCAGUGAGGAGUCGUCCCGUAUGGCUGCUAUGGAGAACGCCACUACUAACGCUGAAGACCUCAUCGGAUCGCUCACGCUUGUGUACAACAAGGCUCGUCAGGCCCGUAUUACCACGGAGCUGAUUGAAAUUAUCUCGGGUGCCGCUUCUCUGGACGGUUAA